AUAUCAUGCACACAACAUUCAAAUUAUAAGCACAACUUCAAAACCUCUCAAUUCUCAUUAAUUCUUCCAAACCAACAAAAAAUGUCAGAAAUUGACAUAGAAAUUCAAAUCAAAAUUCCUCUCCAAGAAUUUCUUAAAAACACAAAUGAAAAAGAAAUCAAGAACAAAGCCAUUAUUAAUGCUUUUUACAAAGAAUUGGCCCAACUUCGAAUGCGAGCAGUGGCUAAACUCCUGGCAACUGACUUAGAAUAUUGGUUCCACGGUCCGCCCCACUGCCAGCACAUGAUGAGGGUGCUGACCGGACAGGCGCACCGGAGCGAGUUCCGCUUCGAGCCGAGAAGCGUCGAAGUGAUCGGUGAUUGUGUGAUUGCUGAAGGGUGGGAAGGUGCACAAGCUUAUUGGGUUCAUGUUUGGACAUUGAAAAAUGGAGUUAUUACACAAUUUAGAGAGUAUUUUAAUACAUGGUUAACUAUUGAGGAUAUUAGUCCGGAACAUCGUUGGGAAAUUGGACAGGGGAGUACACACACUUUGUGGCAGAGUCACCCUAGAGAUCUUUAUAAUCGCUCGUUGCCCGGUCUUUUACUCGCUAUCUAGAGAGCCCGGAAACCGGAAUGUCGUAACGGAAAUGUACGAAAUGAAAAAACUAAAAAUGGUAGUUUUUUAUAAAAAUAUAUUAUAUCAUAAAUAUAAAGUUUCGCAGUUUUAAAAGUUUCCGUACAAGAGUGUUAUCAGGGAAUUAAAUUAAUCUGAUAAGUUCAGUUCAUGUAAAUUUCAUGUUUUAGUGACUAGAGACGUAAUUGAAUCUGAAAGUUUGUUUA